AUGCGAGGCUAUCCUGUUUAUGCGAUGGGUCCACCCGAUGAACCUGUAUGGUCUCGAAAUGAGCAAAGUCUAUCGCGAGGAGUAUCUCAUCAGACAAUGGUUCAACCAGUCAGUAGUACAUAUCCAACUUCUUAUUCUCAUUCUCAAGCAUAUCCAUCACAAACAACUGUUAUUCAUUCGACAACUAAGCCAGUCGCAGAUGCUGAUAUUUAUAGAGUUGGAAUUUACGGAUGGAGAAAACGAUUUCUCUACUUCUUCAUUCUGAUUCUUGCCAUUGGAAUUGUAUUGAAUCUUUCCCUCACAUUUUGGAUUAUUUCAGUUUUGGAUUUCUCUCCGAAUGGAAUUGGAACUCUGAAAAUUGAAGAAGAUGGAAUUCGAGUCGAAGGAAGAGCACAAUUCGAUCGACCUGUUCAUUUUUCGAAACUGAGCACUCUCGAUGAAGAAACUCUGACAAUUGAUUCAUUCCGAGGUGUUAAUCUCCAAGCAAGAAAACCAAAUGGUGACGUGGCAUCCAAAUUCUCAUUGAUGCCAGAAGGGAAGGCCCAAGUGACUUGUGAACGGUUCGAAGUUUUCGAUGAAGAUCAAAAAUUGCUCUUUUUCGCGGAUUCAGAUGAGAUCGGAUUGAAACUUGAGAACCUGAGGAUUUUAGAUGAUGGAGGAAGUGUAUUCGAAGGGGCAAUUCAAACAUCUUCAGUUCGUCCACAACCAGAUUCUCCACUUCGUUUAGAGUCUCCAACUAGAAGUGUUUCUGUUGAUGCUGCACAAGAUAUUGAAAUUCUCGCUGCUGCUGGAGAAGUUUCUGUCAAUUCAUUGUUGGAUAUUUCUAUUUCAUCAAAACAGGGAGAAAUUCGUCUUGAAUCUUCAUCAAUUUAUAUGGAGAAAUUGGCUCGUUCGGAUGGACGAGGCAGUCCACAGACUCAAGUAUGUGUCUGUCAUAAUGGUAGAUUGUUCCUUGCUGCACCGAAUGCUGACUGCCGCGCUGACCGUGAUAUUUGCUCAAAUUAA